AUGGAUUUGCACACUAAAACUGCAACCCUCCCGCACGACCAUUCUCCCGGCUCCCGAAGCAUGUUCCGACCUCCUAUCAACCGCGCAAUGCGCAUACUGGACCGAUCUUUCUUCAAGAAAACUAUACCUCUCACAGCUGCGACAGUGUUUGAACCGAAGAAUCUUGGUCGGAUCAAGGAUGAACUGGUCAAAAGUAAGGAUAUACUGAAUGCUCCGCGGUUAGCGGCUAUUCGAUAUGUUCAGAACCCCACUACGGAGGAAGACAAGAGUAAAAAGUGCAUCUUGUUGCAGGAGAAAGUAAAGGCAAAUGAUGCGGCUACAUGGUCUCCAACAAUACAGCAGUUGGUUGAAGCAAAGUCUAUGGAGUUGAACCCCUACGAUCUUCACCUGGAUUAUGAUUACUGGCUUUAUCAUGAUAUUCUUGCUUCAAUACUGCCAGAGGACCAUCUUGAAGAGACACCAGCAGGUUUCAACCAAGUUGGCCAUGUUGCACAUCUUAAUCUGAGGGAGCAAUACCUUCCCUACAAGCUCUUAAUUGCUGAAGUUAUCCGGGAUAAAAACCCCACAGUUAGAACAGUUAUCAACAAGGUUGACGAUGUUGGCGCAAAUAGCCAAUAUCGCACGUUCGCAUACGAACACCUUGUAGGAGAUGAAGACAUGAACGUUAUCCAGCAUGAGCAAGGUUGCGAGUUUUCGUUCGACUACUCUAAAGUAUACUGGAACUCACGGCUAGGGAAUGAACAUACCUACCUUGUUGGCCGUUUUAAAGAGGGCGAGGCAGUAUGCGAUGUCAUGGCUGGCGUUGGCCCAUUUGCCCUCCCGGCCGGCAAGAAAAAAGUGUUUGUCUAUGCGAAUGACCUCAACCCUCAUGGCUACGAGAAAAUGAAGGAAGGCAUCGCUCGGAAUAAGGUCAGAGAAUUCGUCAAGCCAUUCAACAUGGAUGGAGGUGAAUUUAUUCGGCAUGCCACACAGGAGCUAUACACCAACGGGCCGCACCCAGUGAAAAUAUUCCCAAAAUUGAAACGCAGCGAGGCAGCCGAGAAGAAAAGAGCUCCUCCACAAAUAAUCGAAUGUCCGCCAACUUUCGAUCAUUACGUUAUGAAUCUCCCAGCCUCUGCGAUUGAAUUUCUCGAUGCGUUUAUUGGUGUUUAUGCGGGCAAGGAGUCUCUGUUUGCACCCAAUACCGAACGUAAACGGCCUUUUGUUCAUGUGUACUGCUUCUCAACCAACUCUGACGAUAAUGCGAUUGAAUAUGCGGAUAUCUGUCAGCGCAUUUCUGAUACUAUACAGUAUAAGAUAACCCCUGAUGAUAUGCUCGGUGGGACGGGCAACCAAGACCUAGAGCUUGAGAUUCGUGAUAUCAGACUUGUCUCUCCGAAUAAGAGGAUGUUCUGUGCCUCGUUUAGACUUCCUGCUGAGGUCAUCUUUAAGACCUAG